UACGACAUUAUAGAAGCCGUUCUUCUUUAUUCUCAUCCCUUAACCGCAAGAUUCUUUCUUCCGCUUAAAAACAGGAAUUGGUGCGCGUUUUUGAGUAUUAAAUUCCUCCCCAUCUCACGAAGAAUGCAUCUCACUCCGCCCACCAACCCUCCGAUGCCGCCGUCCCUUCAAAGACAAUAGUUCUAUGGGGUGGGGAAAGGUUGACCACGGCAUGGCAUCGCAUCGUUGGGCGGGGGGUGUUGCGAAUGUGGGUAGCGCCUGAGUUCCCCCGAAAUGACUUGUACACGUGUCCUGCUGGCGAAAUCAGCCACUCCUCGCGCGUGCCCACGCUCCCUGUCUUGUCUGACUCGUCCGACUCUGCUCCAGUGCUUCUCUGGCAACUCUUGUCUCUACCUCGGACGCGAAACUAUUCCACACCCGAGGAGCCGGCAGAAUCCGCGCGUCGAUUCAAGCCAGCACCAUGGUGUGGAACACCUCCACGUGCAAGGUCACCCUGAUGUCCAUCUUCCUCGUCAGCUCCGUCCUCAUCAUCUGCCUCAACCAGGAGGUGUUUGAGAUCGUCAUAACCAGGCGCGGGGAAAAAAACUUAGACUUCAGGGAGGACCCGCGAUUUCACGUCGACUGUCCCGCCAUCAUCGGGGGCGACGAGGAGAGGUGGGCCGAGGCAUCGAUCCUGACGAAGACGGUCGAGUUCAGGAAACGCUGGCGGCUCAACGAGAGCGAGUGCGUGAGGAUGACGCGCGACUGCGACGCGUUCAAGCGGGACAGGAGGUACGUGACGGUGCCGCUGAGCGAGGAGGAGGCGGCCUUCCCCAUCGCCUACUCCGUGGUGGCCCACCACCGCGUGGACAUGCUGGAGAGGCUGCUGCGCGCCAUCUACGCGCCGCAGAACGUCUACUGCCUCCACGUGGACCAGAAGUCGCCGCCGCCCUACCAAGAGGCGGUGCGCGCUCUCGCCGCGUGCUUCCCCAACGUCUUCAUGGCCAGCCGGCAGGAGCGCGUGGUCUACACCUCCUGGCUGCGCGUGCAGGCCGACCUCAACUGCAUGCGGGACCUCGUGGCCGCGCCGCAGCCCUGGAAGUAUUUCAUCAACCUGUGCGGCCUGGACUUCCCCAUUAAAACCAACCUGGAGAUGGUGCGAGCGCUGCGCGCCCUCAACGGCGAGAACAGCAUGGAGUCCAUGCACACUCCCGGCGGCAAGGUGGGUCGGUGGCAGAUCCGCCACGAGAUCGUGAACGACGGCCUGCGCUCCACGGGCGAGAAGAAGUCCCCUCCGCCCAUCCCCACGCCCAUGUUCUCCGGGAACGCGUACAUCGUGGUGACGCGCGCCUUCGUCGAGCACGUGCUGAGCGACCCCACGGCGCGGGCGCUCAUGGAGUGGGAGAAGGACACGUUCAGCCCCGACGAGCACCUGUGGGCGACGCUGCAGCGCCUGCCCGGGGUGCCGGGCUCCACGCCGCCGCACGACAAGUACGACGUGGAGGACAUGAUGGCCAUCGCGCGCCUCGUGCGGUGGUCCUACAUGGAGGGCGACACUCUGCAAGGGGCCGCCUACCCGCCCUGCCGCGGCACCCACAUGCGGGCCAUCUGCAUCAACAGCGCCAAGGACCUGGCGUGGGUGCUCAAGCAGCGGCAUCUGUUCGUCAACAAGCUGGACUCGGACGUGGACGAGCUGGCCGUGCACUGCCUCGAGCGCUACCUGAGGCGCAAGGCGCUGCGCCAGGUGUUCUCGCCCUCGGGCCUGCUCGGAACUCUGUCCGGCACGUGGCGGGGCCGUUGAGCGGCCGCCCUCUCUGCUCCGGCCCCUGUAAGCGACGUUUAAAUCGCGGCGGUCGACUUGGCGAUAGGUUAUCGUCAACUUCGUUUGCGCCCGUGACGUACGCGGCCCUUUAACUCGUCGUGCAAUCGAAUUCCUCGAAUUCACGUCUGGCUGUAGUCGAUUUUGAUUAACUGCGUAGUCCAUAACGAUAGCGCACAUGUUUAAUGAGGCAAACUAUCAACAGAGACAACAAAAAUUGGCAUCGUUGUGGAUGGUGUAAAUAAAUAAUGACGAAAGCCGAUUACGUCUCCUUCCCACAGCAGGUCUCUGCACAUGGACAAUGGCGGUGGUGGUCUCACAACCCGGCGUUGAUCCAUUCAGAAGACGCACACUCUGCACCGAUUACGACGUCGUGUUUCAUAAGCAGAGUUCGGCUUAAUUUAAUUAUUGUCUGGGGUUCUUCUAUCUUUCACGUGGAGGGACGGAUUUGGAAAUGAGACAUUGUUUUACCGACUUGGCUACAGAAUGUGUCGCCGUGGUGAGAGUGGGUACGUACUGCACAGCUUUCAAGAUUGACAAUUUCCCGAUGAGGCUUGGCGAAUGACUACAGUUAAUUCGCUCACGUAGUCCACGGUCGUCUGCCGUGGCUUGGUGUUAUAGUUGCUCCUUAGCAGGCGCCUUCAUGUUCAACUGCGAUUCGCCACGGGAGGUCUCGCGAGUUUUUAAACUUCGUCAUUACGAUUUCGGUUGUUUACCCAGGAAAGCUUCACAAACUGUCACCACUUAUUUUCAGUUGGGUCAUUUCAAGUAUUCACAGGAGGACGGCACUAGCUGCUGCUGUCUGCGAUCCCAAUUGUUGAAUAGGAAAGUUAAGUUGUAAGCAUUGUGAUGUUUUGGCCCCAUACCAGGUACGUUGUGUCGUGUUGUUGGGGUGUUCUGGCUACGGGACGAAACCUAUUCAGAGCAGGGUGGAGAACAAACACACAAGCGACCGAGGUGGGAAUUGAACCCAGCGAGGCCCCUUCUUGUUGGGAGGAGCACGAGCGAGACUACUGCACUCACCUUGUUUCAGCAGCAGCAGCAUCAUUAGCCGUGAUCAAUCCACUGCUGGAUGAAACGAGUGUGACUACUGCACCCACCUUGUUUCAGCAGCAGCAUCAUUAGCCGUGAUCAAUCCACUGCUGGAUGAGACGAGUGUGACUACUGCACCCACCUUGUUUCAGCAGCAGCAUCAUUAGCCGUGAUCAAUCCACUGCUGGAUGAAACGAGUGUGACUACUGCACCCACCUUGUUGCAGCAGCAACAUCAUUAGCCGUGAUCAAUCCACUGCUGGAUGAAAGUCCACCCCAAGCCGUCGCCAUCGCACACGAUCCUAUAGGAUGUAGCAUUGCGCUUCCCGAAUCGCCCUCGCACAUUGAAGAGCACGCGGUCACCAUGUGUGACGUCACAGCGGUGUGAAGGCCACGAUUGCACGAGACGGACUCGAUGCGUUGAUGCAGUGGCGUCACUCUUGGUCUGGAAACCCCACGGGGCCGAUGGCCUUCAAAACGCAUUUUAUUUGCACGUGGAGACGGAACGCAGCACUGCUCACGUAAGCUCAUAAAUAUUUAAUUAUUUUCUCUUUUCGGUCAAGGGCCAGAGCGAUUUACUACUCAAAUGAGCAUCGAGGCAGUGUACCUCUGCUGUUCCAAGCUUUGAACCAGUGGUGUAAAUGCCAAAUUGCUUUGGGGGGCGGGGGUGAAUCUAUAAAUACAGACAGUCACGUUUGACUUCCCCGCAAAAUGCUAAAAAUUUUAUUGACUCCGGACCAGGAGGAUGAUGGGCUGAGCAAGAUGAGUUUUUUUUCUCUUCUUGAUAUUGAAUCUCAACCUGGUGUCGGACAGUCCGCAACACGCAGGCUGACUGCGUGUCCCUCGAAACGCUGUCUGUGCGUGCGUGCUGUUACCCACAGAAUACGAGUCAGUCUGGGGAGCAGUCGUGCAGUUAUCGCAUUUCGCUUUCGAUUCCCGCUCACCACCAAUGACAGUGGAAAAUGUUUGAGCCGGUCCUAGGCUUCCAUAAGGUCGACUCGGCCUUAAUUGGGUACCUGAUGGGAUGUGAAUACAUCUUGGGGAGACAAAGGCAGCCGGGCGUACUGCUGGCCACCCACCAUCUCUUGUUCCGUGCCGAUCUUCAUAUAAGUGCUCGCUAACACCACUUGCCCCAAUUUACUAUUAAAGGUUAUCCGGGGGAUCUUUGUCUUUGGUGUUAACCCACCCCGCGUGUGCUUAGGCGGACGCUCCUGAUGGGCUGCUCCGAUGCUGUGAACGCGGCCAUUGACCAUCCACUCGUGGUGCGUGUGAACACAGUCGUGGUGCGUGUGAGCACACUCGUGGUGCGUGUGAACACAGUCGUCGUGCGUGUGAACAUAGAUUCACAGAUUAAUGUGCAUUGAACUGCGUCGUCUGUUGUGAGAUUCGCCGCGCACGCUAGAAUCUGAGGUCAAAUUGUCGUCGUGAUUGUGAAAAUAACUUCAAUAAAUCGUGAAUGAGACGGCCGUGCACUUCGAACACUCACUGGGUCGGUAUCGCCAAGGUCACAAAUUGCAAGCCGGCCAACGAACCCUUGAUCUCCUGCUCUACGAUUGGGCCAUGUGGCUCAAAGAUCGAGAGUUCAACUCCUGUUUAGGGUUGACUCGACCCAUAGAAUGAAUACCAGGCUCGUUCCCGCCAUAUUAAUGUGGAAUUUCCACCAAUGGCUGCAAAGCAGGCGAUAUAUCGUUGGCCGUCUGGGUUUUAUCUAGAGCAGGAGAUCACUUUUAUACGCUGUGCGACUGAUAAACAAUGGGCGCGAGGAACAAUGCGGAUCUCAUGAUUCGAUCUCGAGUCUCUUCACGCAGCUCACGGAUGAGGAAUGUGAAUGUCCCCAUUUAUGCAAAAUAAAUCACCCC